GACUUACGAAAUGUAAUAGACGUCCCUCAUAAUAGUCAUCUGCAUCUGUCACCGUUCCACGCACGUGUUCUUCAUGUUUCUACUCACUCUCGCCCUAUUUCCCUCCCUCUUACAUCCCCACCACCUCAAUAAUACUCACGUGCUGCUCCCCAACCAAAUUCAUUUCUCCGAAUAACACAAAUACAAACACAACUGUUGACCAUUGGAUAUUAUGACAUUCAUUCUGAAUCAAUGGUAAAUUUAAUGUGAAAAUUUAUAUAGAGUAUCGUACGAUUACACCUGCCAUGAAACGAACGAGACUUUUUCGUCGAGCUAAGAACGCUGGCUGUCCUGUCAUUAACCUUAAUGCAGGCCAUCAAACUGCUGCGACUGUUCUCUCACAAGACCUAGGGAACGAUGAACCACUCCAUGAACACUCCAAGGGCUCGUCUAAGAAAAAUAUAAAAAAAGAAGCCACGCCACUAUUGGAGAGUGAACCCAACGAUUAUUCCUGCCAAAACAAAUCUCCAAGUAAAUUAAACUUUGAAAAUUUAUCCAAAAAUCUGACUAAACAACAGCGUCCAUCAGGACUUGCUAAAAAGAAAACUAGGGCAAAGGUCGACCUUGACCUAAUGAAAGAAGAAUUAAAACAGUUGGAAGAUCCCCCCAAGACUGAUUUGGAGAAGGAAAUUAGUGUCAACAGAUUAAAUUACGAGUUCUACGAUACCCCAUGCGAAGAGUUGGCUCAGAAUCUGCUAGGGAAAGUAUUAGUUCGUCGGUUGGAUAAUGGAUCUGUACUGAGGGGGAGAAUCGUUGAGACAGAGAGCUACUUGGGGGAAAUUGAUGCUGCCUCUCACACUUUUAAUAAUCGUGUGACACCGAGAAAUAUUCCCAUGUACAUGCCUCCUGGAACAAUUUAUGUGUACAUGACUUAUGGAAUGUAUUUCUGCUUUAAUAUAUCAAGUGGAGGAAAAGGUGCAGCAGUUCUUCUGAGAGCUCUCGAGCCCUUAGACAAUAUGGAAAAAAUGCAAGAAAAUCGUCUUUUUCUUCAAAAGAGUAAAAAUAAAGAGAAAAAAAUCAAAGAUUUUCACAUUUACGAAUUAUGCAAUGGUCCAUCGAAGCUCUGUACAGCAUUCCAAAUUGACAAGGAUUGUUGUAAAUACUCUCUAUGUACGUGGAAAAAAAUGUGGAUCGAGGAUGAUCCCAGCUAUCCUCGCGAGGAUAUGAGAAUCAUAAAGACUGCGAGAAUAGGGAUUGAUAGUGUUGGAGCGGAAUGGGCCAGCAAGCCCUUAAGAUUUUAUAUUUAUGGGAAUUCUUCUGUAAGUAAACGUGAUAAAAAAUCAGAAGAGAACGUCGUUAGUGACAGCAAAUAAUUUUUCAUUACCGCCUGCGCACGUUACAAACGACCAAGUUAUAUUUAAUUUAUUACUAAAUUAAAAGGUAGAUAAUAAGCAUAAUCACUGAGUGAUAAUACAUGUUCGCUUAUGGCUAUUUAUAACGUUUUUUAUAUGUAAAUUCAAUAAACUUGUAUGCACGCACCAUAACUCUCUCGUAAUUCUCUUUCU